UCUUCUUUUUUUAAGUGGGGGAUCAAGAAGUAAGAUCCAGCCAAAAAAAAUAAGAAAAAGUUCGAUUCAGUUUUAUCAUUAAUGACUUCUCCACUGUGACUCUUGGUUUCCUUCAGGGGUUAAUUUCGAGCUUUGUAUGUAUGUCUGUGUGUGUAUGUUGCUAAGGUCACCAUGGCUGACCGGGCUGCUGCUGAAAGGGCCUGCAAGGAUCCCAACCCCAUCAUUGAUGGCAGAAAGGCCAAUGUGAAUCUGGCAUACUUAGGAGCAAAACCAAGGAUCAUGCAACCAGGUUUUGCCUUUGGUGUCCAACAACUUCAUCCAGCUCUUAUACAAAGACCUUUCGGGAUCCCUGCCCACUAUGUCUAUCCGCAGGCUUUUGUGCAGCCCGGAGUGGUCAUUCCCCAUGUCCAGCCGACAGCAGCUGCGGCCUCCACCACACCUUACAUAGAUUACACUGGAGCUGCAUAUGCACAGUACUCAGCCGCAGCUGCCGCCGCUGCUGCCGCAGCCUAUGACCAGUACCCCUACGCGGCCUCUCCAGCUGCUGCAGGGUACGUCACCGCUGGAGGCUACGGCUACGCGGUCCAGCAGCCAAUCACCGCAGCGGCACCUGGGACAGCUGCCGCCGCCGCUGCCGCAGCUGCCGCCGCAGCCGCAUUUGGCCAGUAUCAGCCUCAGCAGCUGCAAACAGACCGGAUGCAAUAGACCAGCCAUCUGAUCAAAGUUGAAUUGUUUUCUCUUUCCCUCCCCCAUUUUCCAAUUUUUAGUAGCUAGUAAGAGUUAACAUUGACUUUAACAGCUUUAAAAAAAAAAAAAAAAAGCGAUGCUAUCGUGAAGCAGAAUUAUUAUUUUUUUUAAUACUCCGGGUAGUGUUCUAGAUGAGAAAGCGGUGAGGACGAGGGGAAUGGGCGUCGUCUUGGAAAUCAAUCCCAAAGAGCCUGAGUGAAUGAAAGGCCGCUAGGAGAUGACGGCAGGAGUAACCGUGGAACUUCGCUUUUGUAACGGGGAUUUUUAUUUUUGCUCUUUUUAUAGUAUCAGGGAAGCAAACUGCCUUUUACCAGUUAGAAAAUGCUCUUUGAAUCUAGUUGAACCAGGGAAUACAGAGUGAGCAGUAGGUAGCUUGAAUUACAUUUAAAAGCAGAUUUUUUUUUGUACAAACCAAACGGUGAAAGCACUGAUUGUCAUUUUUAGCAGUCACUAUGGCCUAUAGAACUUUUUUCGAGUAAGAAGGUAGUGUUCUCACUAUCUCAAACAUGGGCAUCGAACAAUCAUUCUAGGAGCGUGGCAGUGGGUGAAAUGGUGGACAGGCACCAAAGCUAUCUUCUCAUCUGUCCUGUGGACGAGUGGGACUGUGGAACAAGUGAUGUGGAAUGAGCGGGCGCAACAGCUGUACAGACAAUCAAUAACACACAGUUCUGGAAAGAACACAUCACUUGUGCUUGUUUGAUGAGCUUGUCACAUUCUAAUCCCUCUCCCCAUCCUGUUUCAAUUUUGGGAAACUUGUAUCUGCUGGUGUCAGCAAUUCUGAUUCUGAAAUAGGAUCAGGCUUUUAUUACAACAGCCUUCUCUUUCUAUUUAUUGUGUCGACUCGUGGCUUAUGAAAAAGGCAGGCAAAGUUUGCAGACUAAACCCUUAAGAACUGUCUUAAGGACACAUCUUUUUUUUCCCUUUUUAAAUAAUUUUACACUUUUUAGUAUCUAUUUCAGAGUCAUAUUUAAAACUAUUUAUUAGUGAUUACAUGAGACAACAAGGUUACUGAAAUUACAAUUCUUCAAAGGUUAAUGAUAAUGUGGUUUAUACUGUGCCUUAAUAGUAAUGCUAUUUAAGAUAUUUAUUUUUAAGUUUUACUAUGCUGCACUCUAAAGAAAGGAACUUUAGAUGUGACACUGUAAAAUUAUGUAUUCAUCUCAUGGCAUAAAUUAUUUAGUAGGUCUAGAUGUAGCAUAUUAAAUAUUAACCUAUUCAACUAAAGAUGUUGACUUGGAUUUAUUUAAAUUCAUAUGUGCACUGUAUAAGAGAGUACUCUUACAUUAACACAUUUUAGUUUAUUUUAGUUUUUAGAUUUUUUUAAAGAUAUAUUGCUAGUUUCAUGCUUCCUUAUUUAUCGGUAAUUCAUUAGUUUAACACUAUUCUUACGUAGUUUUUAAAUGCUGCUUUACAUUUUUCUUCUGAAACUGCAAUACUUGCAAUUUUUAUUCUUAAACUAAAUUGAAUACUAUUUUACACUGUAUUGGAUUUUUAUACUUGAACAAUUUCAUACAAGGGAAGACAGGUUAGCAUUUUUAUGGACAUUCUCCAUUAUCACUGGAUUUACUUUAAGUAUUCCCAAACUAGACAGUGUUAUGUAAUGUAGACAUGACUCUCCUGUGCAAAUUAUUUAUUCAUUGUGUAUAUUGCUUUAUAACAUUUCAGAUCUUCUAAUCUAUUCACUUGUAUUAAAUAUAAUUUUUAAAAACUUC